AUGAAACUCUUUACGGAUAACAACACCAAACAGCCCAUCACAAGAACUAAACUCCAAAUGGCCAAUUCCACUCCUCCUCCUGUAAUGCGACCAAACGUCCUACGAUCUUUGGAACGAGCCAGGAACUGUGAAGAGAAUGAUAACGACCGCGUCAUCCUUGAUAAUGCCGUCACCGAGUUGUGGCGAAGGGUACAGAGCGAGCCGGACACUUACGUGUUUACCCCAGAUGAAUUCGCUCUCUUCAACUAUUUUAUCGCCCGUUUUCAGGGUUCGCUUGUCACUCGAGGAGCAGUGGCGCGGUUUUGGAACAAUUAUCGAGGAAAUGACUCGGGUCUGGACUGA